CACACCACUGCACUCCAGCCUGGGUGACAGAACAAGACUCCGUCUCAAAAAAAAAUCGCUAAUAGUGACAAAGACAGUGCAUAUUUGUUGAGCUAAUAUUUUUGUAUCUGUGUUUCCGUUGUUAGUUUCCAAAAACAAUUACAGGUUGCUAAUACACAUCAACUGGACUGUUCAGUAGAAGCUCCUGUGUUUCCCAUUAUCUCUGACAGCAUCCAGGGGUUCAUAUGGAGAAAGCAGAAAAUGCUGAGGUCUGAGAUUUGAUGGAUGGUGAUGUUGGAAAUGUUUUUAUGUGCCCAUUUAUCUCAGUAUAUCUGCUUCAGUGAAAUGUCUCUUCAUAGUUCUAUCCAUUUUCUAAUUGGAUUAUUUUGCUUUUUUUUUAAGUCAUUCUAGAAUUCUUUAUACAUUCCACAUACCAGUUUUAUGGCAGAUAUAUGGUAGGCAAAUAUUUUCUAUUAUUCAGUACUGUAUUAGUCCAUUUUCACACUGCCAUAAAGAUACAGUCAGAGACUGGGUGAUUUAUAAACAAAAGAGGUUUAAUUGACUCACAGUUCCACUUGGCUAGGGAGGCCUCAGGAAACUUACAAUGAUGGAGGAAGGCAAAGGGGAAGCAAGGCACGCCUUGCAUGCAGUAGGAGAGAGAGCGAUCAAAGGAGGAACUAUCACAGAUUUUUAAACCAUGAGAUCUGAGAACUUGCUAUUAUGAGAACGGCAUGGGAAAACCACCUCCAUAUCCAGUCACCUCCCACCAGGUCCCUCCCUCAACAACUGAGGAUUAUACUUGAAGAUGAGAUUUGAUGCGGACAUCGAUCCAAACCAUAUCAAAUACCUUUUCUUUACUUGUCUUAAGUUUUUAAUUUGGUAAAUACCAGUUGAUUUUUUUUCUUUAAUGAAUCGUGCUUUUGCUGCCAUGGCUAAGAAUUUUUGAACAAGCUCUUGAUUCUUACGAUUUUAUUCUGUGAAUAUUUUUUUCUUUCAGUCUCUUACAGGAUACCAUUUUAUGGUUUGAUACUUUACAUUUAGGGUAUGGUCAAUGUUGAGCUAAUGUCUGUACGCUUGUGAAGUUUGAGUAAAGAUGACUUCUUUUCUGCUAUGGAUAUUAAGUUAGCUCCUCACCAGUUUUACAAAAUUCUUCCUUCCUUCAAUUCCCUCGGUAACUUUGUCAAAAAUCAGUUGGAAGUACCUGUGGAGGCUAUUUUUGCACUCACUUAUUGUAUUGCAUCAAUCCAUGUCUUUUAUUGCCCCAAUACCACACAAUUUUUAUUAUCUUUCCUAUAUUGGUAGUCUUGAAAUCCAGUGGAUUUAUUCCAGACACUUUAUUUUUGUUUUUCAAUAACGUUUAUGGAUCCAGCCACUGCUAGUUGUGGAUCCCCCACUGAAAUCCCAGUUCCCGGACUGCUAAGCUGCAGGAGACUCCCUAGCAGGAUCGGGUCCAACCUGCAGGCAAAAUGCUUUUACCAUAAACCGUUUUCAACUUGGUAAGUGGAAAAUAUUUUGGUUUCCAACAUAAGUGGCCCACACAACUCUGCUUCUUAACCUUAAAACGGCGCAGGCCCCGCCCACUCCAACCACGCCACGCCUCCAGGCUGCCUGGGCUCUUCUCUCCGCACAUGCGCAGUUUCCUACAGUCCCGGAAACGGAUCGUGUUGGGUGAAGGUGACGGCGCUGAGCGUGAGUGGCCCUCUGUGUAGAUUAAACCUGCGCUCCCUGUUUCCCAUUUCCACAGCCGAUGCCCGGGGUCGCUACGGGCUUUAAAAUUCCCGCACCGCGCCCUUCACCCCAGGUGAAUACAGGCCUCACGGUGUAGGUCCGGAAUCGCUUCCCUUUGGGUUGAAGUCGCUCUGAGGCUGCUCCCUGUCCCCGGCCCUUUGCUGCUUCCUCCCGCUUAAAACCUUUUCCUGACCCCUCCUCCAACCCCGGGCUUUUUAAAGUCCUCACCCAAGAGGUGGAUUCCCGUCCUGGGCGCAUCCCAGCCUCGCCCUUGUCGGCCCCUGGAGCGCAGCGCCCCAGAGCCCGCGUGCUCUGCCUGGUCCUGGGAUCCUGCAGACCCCACCCUGUCCGAAGGUGCCGUCGCCCUCCACCUCCCUCCUCCUCGUGCCGGGCCCUGCUGCUCCCCAGCCCUCACCUGAGCCCGCGUUGAGGAGGUGCUCAGGGCCUGUCCUGUGACAUCCGGUGUUCUUGCCUGCCCCCCUCCACUCCCUGGAAAAUGCUCUCCUCCAGGUUGCAGGCAUCUUACCCCAAACCCUCUUGUGAAUGUGUGGGCCAAAGGGAUCGGGAGAGGGACAGAGAGAGCAGUAGGAAACCUGAGACAGAGGAAAGAAUGAGGGAAACCAAUAAACAGAUGGCAAAGUAGAGGAUGGUUAGAGAUUUUCAAAGAGACAGUAAGAGUGAAAGAAGAAGCCCAGAAAGUUGCAAGGAGAGAAAAGUAACUAGACACAUUUCGAGAAAACGCACAGUAUCCAAAGAGAUGAAGGACAGCAAGGUAGGGCGGGUGGCAGCAAAGGGGGAGGCUCCUCACAUAGAGAGUGGGAGAGAGGAGGAGGGAUUUGGAGCCAGGGCAGACAGAGCAGUGUGGUGCUGGGACAAAAAGAAGGGGCAGCCGAAGACAAGGAGAGCAGAGAGAGAACCACAGCACGGGGAGGCCUGGGAUCUGGGGGUGCCAAAGAGUGGGGACAAGGGUUUGUAACAGGGAAGAGGGAAUUUAACAGGGGGCGCUGAAAUGGGGAACAAAGAGCCAGAAAUAUGUGGAGAUUGGGACAAUGAAAAGAUUAGGAAGAGGAAUAUGAGGUGAAACAAAUUGCAAGACUGGAAAGAACAGGUGGAAGAGAAGAAAUAGAGGAAAGAAGGGGAGAAACAGCAGGAGAGGAGAGGGGCUCAAAAUGAGCAGAAUCCUAGGGGGAAAAUAAAGGGGAAGGAAAGAGCUAGAGAAAGAAGGUGAGAAUGAGAGCUAUGUACGGAAUGAGGGAGGGAAACACACCGUAAUGAGGAAACAGGAGGACCCUGGGUCCAGCAUUGACCUCUAAAGACUCUUGGCACAUGAGGAAGAAACCCGGAAGAAGAGAGCAAAGGAGUCAGGAAUGGCUUUUACUCAGGGACAGUUGACAUUCAGGGACGUGGCCAUCGAAUUCUCUCAAGAGGAGUGGAAAUGCCUGAAUUCUACACAGAGGACUUUAUACAGGGACGUGAUGUUGGAGAACUACAGGAACCUGGUCUCCCUGGAAUAUUAUCUCAUGUGGGAGCACAGGAAAGAGCCCUGGACCAUGGAAAGCCAAGUGCAAAUAGCAAGAAAACCAAAAGGGUGGGAAUGGAUCAAAGGUGUGAAAAUAGAUCUCUCUCGUAACUGUAUGAUCAAGGAAUUAGCACCGCAACGGGAAAGUAACAGAGAAGAAGUAUUCCACACAGUGACAUUGGAACAACAUGAAAAACAUGACAUCGAAGAGUUUUGCUUCAGGGAAAUGAAGAAAAAAAUACAUGACUUUGACUGUCAGUGGAGAGAUAAUGAAAGAAAUUACAACAAAGCGACUAUGGCCCCAAAAGAAAAUCUUACUUGUAGAAGAGACCAACAUGAUAGAAGUGGUAUAGAAAACAAGUCUAUUAAAAAUCAGCUUGGAUUAAGCUUUCUACCACAUCCCCCUGAACUGCAGCAAUUUCAGGCUGAAGGGAAAAUUUAUGAAUGUAACCAUGUUGAGAAGUCUGUCAACCAUGGUUCCUCAGUCUCAGCACCCCAAAUAAUUUCUUCUACCGUCAAAACCCAUAUUUCUAAUAAAUAUGGGACUGAUUUCGUCUGUUCUUCGUUACUCACACAAGAACAGAAAUCAUGCAUUAGGGAAAAACCUUACAGAUACAAUGAGUGUGACAAAGCCUUGAAUCAUGGCUCCCACAUGACUGUACAUCAGGUAAGUCAUUCUGGAGAGAAACGAUAUAAAUGUGAUCUAUGUGGCAAGGUCUUUAGUCAAAAAUCAAACCUUGCGCGUCAUCGGAGAGUUCACACUGGAGAAAAACCAUACAAAUGUAAUGAAUGUGACAAAGGUUUCAGUCGCAACUCAUGCCUUGCACUGCAUCGGAGAGUUCAUACUGGAGAGAAACCUUACAAAUGUUAUGAAUGUGACAAGGUCUUCAGUCGCAAUUCAUGCCUUGCACUACAUCAGAAAAUUCACAUUGGAGAGAAACCUUACAAGUGUAAUGUGUGUGGCAAAGCCUUUAGUGUGAGGUCAACACUUAGCAACCAUCAGGUAAUUCAUAGUGGCGAGAAACCUUACAAAUGCAAUGAAUGUGGCAAGGUGUUCAGUCAGACUUCAAGCCUUGCAACUCAUCAGAGAAUUCACACUGGGGAGAAACCAUACAAGUGUAAUGAAUGUGGUAAAGUCUUCAGUCAAACUUCAAGCCUUGCAAGGCAUUGGAGAAUUCAUACUGGAGAGAAACCUUACAAAUGCAAUGAAUGUGGUAAGGUUUUCAGUUAUAAUUCACACCUUGCGAGUCAUCAGAGAGUUCAUACUGGAGAGAAACCUUACAAGUGUAAUGAGUGUGGCAAAGCCUUUAGUGUGCAUUCGAACUUAACUACCCAUCAGGUCAUCCAUACUGGAGAGAAACCUUACAAAUGUAAUGAGUGUGGCAAAGCCUUCAGUGUGCAUUCAAGCCUAACUACCCAUCAGGUCAUCCAUACUGGAGAAAAACCUUACAAAUGUAAUGAAUGUGGCAGAUCCUUUAGUGUGCGCCCAAACCUCACUAGACAUCAGAUAAUCCAUACUGGAAAGAAACCUUACAAAUGUAGUGAUUGUGGGAAGUCCUUUAGUGUGCGCCCAAACCUCUUUAGACAUCAAAUUAUCCAUACUAAGGAGAAACCUUAUAAAAGAAAUUAGUAUGGCAAGGUCUUCAGUCAAAGUUUAAAUCUUGUGAGUCAUCAAAGAAUUUAUACCAGAGAGAAACCAUACAAAUAUAAUAAAUGUGGCAAGGUUUUCAGUCACAAUUAACUCUUACACAGCAUCAGAGAAUUUCAUUCUCGAGAGAAUCCUUACAAGUAUGGCAAACCCUUCAUCACGAGUUCAAGCAUUCAUUGAUGUCAGAGUCCAUGCUAAAGAGAAAUCAUAUAAACCUAAGUAUGUGGCAGAGGCUUCAUUUAGGUCUCACAACUCACUAGAUAUCAAAAUGUAUAUACAUCUUUUUAUAUUUUGUGCAUGUUGAAGCUAUUAACCAAGGAUCAAAACUGUAAAACAUCCAAGGAUUUAUGUGAGGAAUAAUUCAAUCUAGUGCUGAUAAACUUUUCAUAUACAUUGUAGAACAACUGCAAGUUCAAAUGUGUUAAAACACAUACACAACAUGAUAUGUAUUAAAGGUUACAGGAUGUUUGAAGUCA